GGAGAAAAGUCCUGGUAGUCUAUGCACAUCAAGAGCCCAAGUCUGAAUGGAUCUUUGAAGAGGGUUGCUGUGGAAGAAUUGAGCAAGCAGGGCUGCAGUGUCACGGUGUCCGAUUUAUAUGCAAUGCAGUUCGAGCCAAGAGCAACAAGAAAUGACAUUGUUGGUUGCUUGCACAACUCAGAAGAGUUCAAUUAUGGUGUGGAGACAUGGGAAGCUUACAAGAGAGGAGAUUUGUCCAACGAUCUGAUUGAAGAGCAAAAGAAGGUGCAGGAAGCAGACUUACUGAUUUUUCAGUUUCCCCUGUACUGGUUCAGCAUGCCAGCAAUCAUGAAGGGCUGGAUGGACAGAGUCUUGGUCCAAGGAUUUGCUCACGAAUUUCCAAACUGUUAUGAUUCCGGUUUGCUCAAGAACAAAUUAGCCCUGUUUUCUUUCACCACUGGAGGAAGCAAAGAGAUGUAUGCAAAAGGAGGGAUCAGUGGUGAUAUUCGCUAUCUCCUGUGGCCCAUGCAGCAUGGAAUCAUGCACUUCUGUGGUGUCAAAGUCCUUUCACCUCACAUCUGUUUUGCUCCGGAGUAUGUCUCUGAGGAGAAGAGGAAGGAGAUGCUGACUGCCUGGGCCCAGCGUCUGAAGACUCUUUGGAAGGAAGAACCCAUAAACUGCUCUCCUGAGUGGUAUUUCAAAUGAUGUUCAGACACAAGACUAUAGAGAUUUUUUUUUUCUCCAUUCUUUUUUGUGCCUUAUCUCAAAAUCUGAAUGCUAAUCUCCUAAUUCGAAUGUAUUAUAAGUAUCAUGAGUACUACAGCUGG